AUGCCGCCACGACAACAGACCGGGGCGAGCCUGGCUAUUCUCAUACUCAUGAUAUGGCUGCUAAUGCCCAUGGGCGACAUUGUCGGGCAGACGGGACCUCUACUUUCCGUCAUUGCCGCGCGUCGAUUGGCGCGGCACCGCGAUGCUCUCGAGGUGCUCAACGGCACGCAGUGGGGGGACUUCGCACCGAGCGAAAAGGAGGCACCGGCCUUUGUCAACAUUACGGGAUUCAGAGAAAUCGACGGAUUUGCUUGGGAAGACCUUGAUCAGUUCAGGAAGAAGAGCCUACAGCUGAGCCGGCACGCAGUGUCCUCUGCGCCGGAUAAGCCGCCCCUGUGGGAUACGGCCGAAGGGGAGCCAGUCUGGGCGACAGCCUCCGGCACCCUAGAGGGCGACUGGGUGUACCAACCGGGGAGCGCCAUGCGCAGCUACACAAGCUACAACCUGAGCCAAAGCGUGCCCGACAUGGACUGGAUCGGCGACCACAUCAGCUGGGGCCGCAACCUGACGGGCCAGUCGGGCCGCAUGCACCUGCACCUCGAGGGCAACAAGACGACGACGGCGUACGAGCAGCUGCCGCGCGACCAGGCACCGCUAUCGGGCGGGCUAAUCCGCAACGUCAAGGGCGCGCUGUCGCUCGAGGACACGACGGGCUCGCAGUCGACGUGGGAGAUGCGCCUCUGGGGCGUGCACUGGCCGCGGCAGGGCGUCGUGCUGAUGACGACGACGAGCGAAAAGUUUGAGGGAAUCUUUGGCUUACCGCACCUGACGCCCGGCCCCGAUUUUUUCCAGUCCAGCAAGGCACUGCUCACGCAGCGCUUGAAUACCGUGCUCACGAGCAAGGAGAAGAAUGUCUACGCGGACCAGACCAUGCCGUGGAGUUCCGAGGUUCAGAGCAACCCGCAGUUUCUCCUCAGCCCCGCGCCGCAGUGUGAGUACGUCUUGUACGCGCAGGUGCACCCGCCGGACCGGGAUCGCCUGCGCGGCGGCGCCGCCGCCAAGGACAAUCUCGAUCUCGCGCGACUCAUUGGCGCCAUUGAGGAGGAGCUCGCCGCGCCACAAGGCGCACCAGUCGGCCAAAUACCCCCGCUGCGCAUGUCGACCAUCGUAUAUUCGCCCGAUUGCGCCUUCUUCCUCGAAAGUAAGGGCCCGCCCACGCACCCGCCCGGCGAGGCCAACCACCUUGCAGGUGUCAAGGCCGAGGUGCAGACGCACCGCGUCAAGACGUGGCUUCUUAUCUUUGCGUGCGUCGUCUUUGGCCAGGUAUUUUUACUCAAGAACCAGAUGCGCGAGACGUACACGCCGUCUACCAUGGGCCGCGUGAGCUUCGGCACUGUCGGCGCCAUGGUCAUGGUCGAUGGCAUCACCUUUACCGCCUCGGCCACGUGGGUGUCGUCAGCCCGCGCCACGUUCCUGCCGACCAUGGCGCUCAUGUUUGCGGCCUUUCUAUCCAUGACGAUUGGUGGCAGCUUCCUCGCCAAGAUUUACGAGGUCCAGUUCCCAGAGAACCAUCCGCGCUCGGAGCCGUCUACCAACACCGCCUCUCCCGCUCCGCCUGCGACAAUCCCAUCCAAUUCCCUGCUCCCCGGCCCCGUCACAGCUGGCGGUCGCGUCGACAGUCUCCCCGUACAGCCCGUCAUCGUGGCCCUCGACGGCGACGUCGACGCCGAUAUCACCGACGGUGCUGCCGCCCUCCCCGGCCGUACCACCACCACACCCCCAUCCGCCUCACCGCGGCAAAAUUUCCAGGCCAUCAUUGGGCGCUUUGUCCUCGCGAGCCUCAUCAUCAGCUUCGUCACGCUGUCCUCGUCGACGUGGUACCCGUCGGCGCGUGCCACCUACCUCGACCUCUGCGCCCUUGCCUACCUCUCGUUGUGGGUGCCGCAGAUUCACCGCAACGCCAUCCGUAACUGCCGCCGCGCCCUCACCUGGCCCUUUGUCCUGGGCCAGUCGCUGCUGCGCGUGACGCCGGUCGCGUACUUUUGGCUAAAAACGGACAACUUCCUUUUUGCGCGCACUAGUCCCCGCGCCUUUGCCGUCCUCGCCGCCUGGGUCUGGUUGCAGAUUGUGCUGCUCGGCGCGCAGGAUGUCCUCGGCCCGCGCUUCGCCGUCCCCGCCCGCUGGCUCCCCGAGGCCUGGGACUACCACCCCGUGCUGCGCGAGGAUAAUGUCGAGGCCGGCGGUCUGCCCAUUGGCCUGAUUUCCACUGACGAGGUGUCGGCCGCGCAGGAUCGGCCGCGACGGCGGAGCAGCACGGCUGGCGCAACGACGAGCGACAAGGCCCGGCAGGGCAGCGGUGCGCGACACGUCAUUGACUGCUCCAUCUGUCAGGAGAUUCUCGAGGUGCCCGUGGUGCGCGCCGGCGGGGAUGAGGAUGGCAGCGGCGGCGGCGUCGCGAGCGUGUUUGCGAGACGCUUGUACAUGGUCACGCCGUGUCGGCACAUUUUUCACACGCCGUGCCUGGAGAGCUGGAUGAAGUUUCGGCUGCAGUGCCCUAUAUGCAGAGAGGACUUGCCUCCUUUGUAA